GGGAAGGAGCGGGCUGCUGGAAGGGAAGCGGUGCGAGCUGUUUGUCUUGUAUUAUUUAGCUAGCAGGCAGGCUAGCGGGCUCGCCAAAUAAAGAGCAACUGAGGACUGAACAUGCCGCGGGAAAUCAUAACGCUUCAGCUUGGACAAUGUGGAAAUCAAAUCGGGUUUGAAUUUUGGAAGCAGCUGUGUGCAGAGCAUGGCAUCAGUCCAGAGGGGAUUGUGGAGGAGUUUGCAACAGAAGGCACCGACAGAAAAGACGUCUUCUUCUAUCAGGCUGAUGACGAACACUACAUCCCUCGAGCAGUUCUCCUGGAUCUGGAGCCUCGUGUGAUCCACUCCAUCCUCAACUCCCCAUACGCAAACCUGUACAAUCCAGAGAACAUCUACCUGUCUGAGCACGGUGGAGGCGCUGGGAACAACUGGGCCAGUGGAUAUUCACAGGGUAAAAAAAUUCAAGAAGACAUCUUUGACAUCAUUGACCGAGAGGCAGAUGGCAGCGACAGUCUGGAGGGGUUUGUCCUGUGUCAUUCGAUCGCUGGGGGGACGGGCUCGGGGCUGGGAUCGUACCUACUGGAGAAGCUAAAUGACAGGUACCCAAAGAAGCUGGUGCAGACUUACUCUGUUUUCCCAAACCAGGACGAGAUGAGUGACGUGGUUGUCCAACCGUACAACUCGCUGCUCACUCUGAAGAGGCUCACCCAGAAUGCCGACUGCGUGGUGGUGUUGGAUAACACGGCUCUAAAUCGCAUUGCCACAGACAGGCUGCAUAUCCAGAACCCCUCGUUCUCCCAGAUCAAUCAGCUGGUUUCCACCAUCAUGUCUGCAAGCACGACCACCUUGCGCUACCCAGGCUAUAUGAACAACGACCUUAUUGGGCUGAUAGCGUCGCUCAUCCCCACACCCCGUCUCCACUUCCUUAUGACUGGAUACACACCACUCACCACUGACCAGUCGGUCGCUAGUGUGAGGAAAACCACAGUGCUGGAUGUGAUGAGGAGGCUUUUGCAACCCAAGAACGUGAUGGUGUCCACAGGCAGAGAGAGGCAGCCCAGCCACUGCUACAUUGCCAUCCUCAACAUCAUCCAGGGAGAGGUUGACCCCACACAGGUGCAUAAAAGCCUCCAAAGGAUCCGUGAACGCAAGCUUGCCAGCUUCAUUCCCUGGGGUCCUGCCAGCAUCCAGGUAGCUUUGUCCAGGAAGUCCCCGUACCUGCCUUCAGCUCACAGAGUCAGCGGCCUGAUGAUGGCCAACCACACAAGUAUCUCUAAUCUAUUUGAGCGGACGUGCAGGCAGUAUGACAAACUGCGUAAGCGUGAGGCCUUCCUGGAGCAGUUCCGCAAAGAGGACAUAUUCAAGGACAACUUUGAUGAGCUGGACAACUCUCGCGAAGUUGUCCAGCAGCUGGUGGAUGAGUACAGCGCAGCCACACGGCCAGAUUACAUUUCCUGGGGCACACAAGACCAGUGAACAGACUUUUCAUUUUGUAGCUCAGCUACAACCUAUUCAGCAUACAUGACUAGCUAGUUUAUUCUCAGUGCCCCUUCUUCACUCUCCAAAAUGUUUUUCAUACAUAAAGGCUUCCCACAAUACACCUGUAUUCGGCUAUAGCUGCUUUUCUGAAAAAAAUAUUUAUUGGCUUGUUAUAGCAUGUAAUUAUAUAGUGUUUGUGUCUCAAAAUUCAAGAGACUGAGAGAUAAAUGUUAACACCAAGUUUCAUGAUAUAAACUAUAUAUUUUGCCAAUUAUUUUGUAUUGUAUCACAUCUUGGAGAUUCUUACAGUUUACAUCAAACAAACCCAAUCGUUAAGUGAAGUAAAAUUAACGGUAGUUAUUUCUUGAAAUCAUCAAUAUCAUUUGUGUGCAAAACAAUUUAUAAAUGUUCAUUAAUACAUGUUUCCUUUUCCUAUACUUUAUCCCUUGUAGCCUUUUUCCCCCCACUGUUUUCAGCAAUGUAAAACAACCUGUUGCCUUGUUUUGGUCUAUUUUUAUACAGAGUACAGUACUUUAGAUUUUGUGCGGUUAAUUUACAGUGAAACAUCCACAGCCUAAAGAACGACUGCCUUGAUUAAUGGGGGUAGGACUGACAGAAUGCGUAGCAAUAAGUUGGUGUAGGUUUUGUUAUCCCAGACAUUUCUGACAUGGUGCGUUGUACCAUCUGUCUGCUGCUGAUGCACAGUGCUCAUUUGUUAUCACUGUACAUGACCAACAAGAAUGUCAAGUCAAAGUUGGACUCGAGCCAUAAAUGGUGUUAAAAUACCUGCCAUAUAAACUGGAUUGACAUUUUAACAGCAUUUGUUCUCUGCUUUAAAGAAAGUAACAGUUUGCACAGAUGAACACGGUGUACAAGGAUAGAUCUCAAUUUAACACUUUCGAUGCCUGUAAGUAUACUUUAAAAAAAACUAGCUGGUUCACUUGCGUCCUCUGUAUCGUGAAUAUACUAUUCCAUGUCGCUUUGCUUGUUGGACCUGUUUUAAAAUGAUGAAUAAACACAUUUUCUAUA